GUUUAUUUACUUAUUUUUUUAUUUCAGUCAGUUGUCAAAUACGGUUUCUGUCGAUAGGUUAUAUUCACCGUGCGGCGUGUUUACAUAUCGUUUAUUAAAAUGUUCAGUAUCGUAACGAAUAAAACAUCGUGUUUAUAGUGUUUUAUGACAGAAAAAAUAUUUAUUAUAAAUUAGACAAUAAACCACACUUUUUUAUUUUACCAUAUUUAAAUUCAUGCAAAGUAAAAAUCCCGUUGUAGUUCGAUACUUGUGUAAAAAAUGAUUUUUUAGUAUAAUUUUGUUUAUAGCGUCUGUGUUUAAUAAUUAAAUAUUAAAAAUGGGUUCGCGACAAAAAGAUAUAGAGCUGAGUCCUGUUCGGACUGAAGGUAGUGGCAAUUCGAGUAAAACGCCGACACAGAAUGCUGCAGAAAAAUUAGCAGUGCCGGUUAACGACGAGGAGGAUGUGAUAAUUGGUAGAUUUAGGAAGAUAAGCUCGGCUAAAUCGAUGGCAGCCACCAACGGAAAUAUUCAGUAUCCCAGUGAAGUGACGCCUAAGGGGGAAGAUGUUGAAGCCGGGCUGCAUUUCAAUGCAAAGGAAUCGACUGAAAAGGAUAGGCUUCUAUCAGACACGAACGGGGCGGCUGUUGUGCAGCCCUCAACAUCACCACUUACGAAGAGUAGUUUUCGAGAUGUAGAGAAACCAUCAAGGUUUAGAGACCAACCUUCAGCAACUAGGUUUCAAAUGGAGGUAGAUAAGCCAGAGGACGCCACUGAGGAAUCGGACGCGUCUGGUCUGGACAGCGACGACCCACUCACUGCUACUGACACCAAAUAUGGCAAGAGCUUCAGGCAUUUCACCCGCGAGGCUCUGCCGCGAUUGGACAACUACAGGAACGUUCUCUCGCUGCACGCCGCACCACGACCCACCCUCGACGAACUGCACAACGCGUCGCUCUCUAGAAAGCCUGGUCAAACAUUGGAGAAGGAUCCAGACGGCGCUCCUACCAUAGGAACCUCAAACGUCAAGUUUGGAUGGAUCAAGGGUGUGCUGAUGAGAUGCCUCCUCAACAUAUGGGGGGUCAUGCUCUUCCUGCGCUUGUCAUGGGUCGUUGGACAAGCAGGCAUCGCGCAGUCAAUGCUGCUGAUACUGACCACCUCGGUUGUGACCACCAUCACCGCGCUCUCCAUGUCCGCCAUCAGUACCAACGGGGUCAUCAAAGGAGGCGGUACAUACUACAUGAUAUCGCGUUCCCUCGGCCCCGAGUUCGGCGGCUCCAUAGGCCUGAUAUUCUCGAUGGCGAACGCCGUGGCCUGUGCCAUGUACGUGGUCGGUUUUGGGGAGUCGCUCAUCACACUCAUACCGGAGUCCAGUUACAUGGUCAGCAAGAGUUGGGAUCAAGCAAUUUACGGUUGCAUAACAAUAGUUCUCUUAACCGGGAUCGUAAUGGUGGGCAUGGAGUGGGAAGCGAAGGCCCAGAUCGUACUGUUGGUGAUACUGUUGGCAGCUAUUGCAGACUUCUGCAUCGGAUCUAUCAUAGGACCUAAGAGCGAUUUGGAGGCCGCCCAAGGAUUUGUAGGCUAUAACAUGACGGUUUUACAUGAGAACUUGUGGUCGGACUACCGGUAUUAUGAAGGGGUGGAGCAUAAUUUCUUCUCUGUAUUCUCCAUAUUUUUUCCCGCUGCGACAGGCAUAUUGGCCGGUGCCAACAUAUCCGGUGAUUUGAAGGAUCCCCAGAAGUCAAUACCCAAGGGCACUCUGCUGGCGAUACUGCUGACAACGUUUUCAUACCUGGUGAUCGCUAUAAUCGCGGGCUGGUCGGUGAUGCGCGAUGCGACUGGUGACCUGAUGACAAUGGUCGACGUGCCCGCUUGCCGGGCCAACAGGACUUGUCCGUACGGGUUACACAACAGCAAUGAUGUGAUCCGGCUGGUGUCCGCGUUCGGUCCGCUGAUCUACGGCGGGUGUUUUGCGGCUACGCUCUCCUCCGCUCUCGCAUCGCUUGUGUCCGCACCUAAAGUAUUCCAGGCGCUGUGCCAGGACAAGCUGUACCCGUAUCUGGAGAUCUUCGCGAAGGGCUACGGGGCGAACAACGAGCCCGUGCGCGGAUACGUGCUCACAUUCGUCAUAGCGACCGCUUUCAUACUCAUGGGCGGUUUGAACCAAAUCGCGCCCCUCAUCUCCAACUUCUUCCUGGCCGCGUACGCGCUGAUCAACUUCGCCACGUUCCACGCCAGCCUCGCCAGGCCUGUCGGCUGGAGGCCCACGUUUAGAUUGUACAACAUGUGGCUGUCAUUGGUGGGCGCGAUGAUGUGCGUGGCGAUCAUGUUCGUCAUAUCGUGGUCCACGGCGCUGAUCACGUUCGCCUUCCUUCUCAUGCUGUACCUGCUCGUCUCUUAUAGGAAACCUGACGUCAACUGGGGCUCGACGACUCAGGCGCAGACGUACAAGACGGCACUGACCGGAGUGUAUCACCUUAACAGGGUCACCGAGCACGUGAAAAAUUAUAGGCCACAGAUCCUGGUGCUGUCUGGCUUCCCGGCGGAGAGGCCGAUUCUGACCGACUUCUCGUACCUGCUCACAAAGGGCCUAUCGCUGAUGCUGUGUGGACAUGUGCUGCAGGGCCAAGUGAGCCACCGCGCGCGCGAAGCUCUCACCAACCGCGCCUACCACUGGUUCGUCAAGCGGAAGAUGAAGGCAUUCUACACUGUAGUUGACGACAGCGGCUUCAAAGAUGGCGCCAGUGCGCUUAUACAGGCGAGUGGUCUCGGCAAGCUGAAGCCUAACAUCCUGAUGAUGGGCUUCAAGGAGGAUUGGCAGAGCUGCGAUCGGUCCGAGGUCGUCGACUACGUAGAGGUCAUGCACAAGGCGCUGGAUAUGCACAUGGCCCUGAGCGUGCUGCGGGUGGAGGGCGGCCAGUCCGCCGGCGCCGCGCUGGACGGCGACCUCCAGGAGUACCUGCAGCACCUGGCGCAUCUCGCGCCCCUCGACCGGCUGGACAGGGAGCGUUCUAUGGGAGACAACCACAAGGAAUCUAAGUCUACGGAGAGCUUGAACACACAGUCAGUUGGUAGCAGUCUAUCCGACGUGUCUAUGGGUUCGCCUGAGCUGCGUCGCGCGGGCGUGUCCGACGACCCGGCCGCGCUGUCCGCCGCCAAAGAGUCGGACAAGAAGUCCGAACACAAGGAGAGCAAGGGUCUGGGCAACGCGGUGAGGCGCGCGUUCGGCGCGGGCGCAGCGCGGCGCGCGUCCUCGUUCACGUCCGUGGAGCAGUUCACGCGGCGCCGCGCCGGCACCGUCGACGUCUGGUGGCUCUACGACGACGGAGGUCUGACGCUCCUGCUGCCGUACAUCCUGUCGACGCGGCGCGCGUGGUCGACGUCGCCGCUGCGCGUGUUCACGCUCGCCAACAAGAACACCGAGUUGGAAAUUGAGGAGAGGAAUAUGGCGUCUCUCCUAUCCAAGUUCCGCAUCGACUACUCAGCGCUGAAAAUGGUGCCCGACAUCACGAAGCGGCCGCGUGACUCCACACUCGCCUACUUCGACAAACUGAUCGCGCCGUUCAGGUCUGAGGACAGCAGUGACAACACCGGCAUCACGGAAGCGGACCUGGUGGCGGCGCGCGAGCGCACGCACCGGCACCUGCGGCUGCGCGAGCUGAUCGCGGCGCAGUCGGGCGGCGCGCGGCUGGUGUGCGUGACGCUGCCCAUGCCGCGCCGCCGCGCCGUCGUGCCGCCGCCGCUCUACGUCGCCUGGCUGCACGCCAUCGCCACCGCCGCCGACCGCGUGCUGCUCGUGCGCGGCAACCACGCCGCCGUCCUCACCUUCUACUCUUAGCUCCAAGUGGCACGAGUACCCGCCGGCUCGUAUCCGGCUCCAAGGGUUAUAUGUAUUCUAUUACAGAUUCUAAACACUACAUAUAUGUUUUACAUUCCAUCUUCUAGCGAGACUCGGACUUGUGCAGUUGAUCGUGUCCGGCUCGAAGGACUAUGUGCACGAUCUAUUCUGGUACAAAACUACAGUACUACAUUUCAAGUCCCAGCGAGACUGGGUUUUGUCAAUUUAGUUGUAUCCGGUUCGAAGGACUAUACUCGAUUCAUGUCACACUUUCCGACUCGAAGGACCAUACCUACCUUAUAUUGUUUAAUCACUAGCGAGACCUCACUCGCUUAUUUAUAUCCGGCUCGAAGGCCGAAUUUAUUACAAAGUCUUGUUAAAUGAAUCAUCAGUAUUGUUACGACUUUAAUUAAGCAUUACACGCUGAUAACUUCUUUUUAUUAUUAUAAAUACAAACUGUACCCGUGUAAUUUUACGCAGAAUUGAGAAAAAUCUCAUAGUAAUAUGUUAAUUAAGAAAGUUAAAGCAAGUCAUACUAAGACCUAGUUCGGGAAUUGUUUAUCUUAAACAGCCAGCCAACCUAGACGAGUAGUUCAAACGGUUCUAUCGAGAGAAUCGAUACGGUUAGCGCCCGCAUGGGAAAGAAUAAGGAUCGGAUAUUACCAUCUCAUAUUACCCGCAUCGGAUAUUACCAUCUCAUUUUCAAUCGACUUUAAAGAAAAGAGUUUCUCAAUUCGGUUGUAUAUAUUUUAAUACCGGUUUUUAUUAUGUUUGUUACCUCAUAACUCCGUCAUUUAUAAACCGAUUUGGAAAAUUCUUUUGUUUUUUAAAAGGAUAUAGUUACAGAUUGACCCUAUAGAAUUUUUAUCAAAAUCGGUACAGUAGUUUAGUUUUUAAAUCUGGUUUUGCUACAUUUGAAGUCUGUAUUUUUGUGGAAGUAAAUCUACUUGUAUCGCACGGGUUUGCUUAGCAGUAACUACUAUAUUAUCAAUACAUAUAUAUUACCACUUGGAUAGGAAACUAACAUUAGAACUAUUUCAUACUUCGACUUGAGACAAAUAUUUCGUCUCAUAUAUAAAUUAAACAAGUUACCAUGGCAACGUGCCCGUGACAUAUAUAGCGUCUAUAGGUUACCGUAACCCCGUUUACCAUCAGACGGGCCGUAUGUUUGUUCAUUACUAUAUUAGUAUAAAAAAAAACUUUUAACAGUAGACUUUUGGGGUCCAUUCUGAGGCGCUGUUUUUCCAAACCUAUCUCUAUAAUAAAAAAUUCAAUUUAAUUUCACAGAUUUUUUUAUUGUAAGGACUAAUUUUUUAAUAGAUCUAAGUCGAUUGCUUGGGUACCUCUGUCCCAUUCGUGUUUUUACCGUGAAACAGUUGUGUUUGCAUGGCUGUGUUUCGGUUUGAAGGGUGGGAUAUGGCGUGAAUUUACAGGGUACACAGGAAUAACACCUGAGUCCUCAGGAAUGGCAAAGCAUGGGGGGUAUCACGGGCGUAACAGUAUACUCUGUUAUGUCCUUGGUACUGCUCAGGUGGGCCGUUAGCUUGUUUGCCAUUCUAAGUUGUAUAAAAAAAAAGUCAAAAUUAUUGUAAUCAUAGUUUAUGACGAUUCGAAAGAUAAGUUUAGAAUAAUGGCACAUCACAAUCUUAUCCAAUGCCAGGUUCAAAAUAAACCUGUAAAAAUGUAUAUUUAAAAAAUAUUUUUUUAUAAUCUUUACACUUGGACAAUAUGAAGACUGUACAAGAUAUAAAUGUACCUACAAUAUUAUAUAAGAUACAAUAUGUAUUUUUUACACGUAUUUUACAAUAAAUUUAAACACAUAAAUUUUUAUUAAAUCCAAUGUAAUAUCGAAUUUUUGAUAUGAUAGACAAUUUAUUUACAUUACUUACAGCACACAAAUUACAAUGAAAUAAAAAAAAAAAAAAAAAACAUACACGUAAUACACAGCAAAAGAGACAAAAGAAUAAAAAUAAAAAAAGCACAAAUAAAAAAAAAAUACAAAAACAAAAUACAUAAUCUAACAAUCUCCUCUGUUACCAUUCCUUCACGCGUGUGCCAUAGUAACACAAAAUGGUGACAGCUCAGUUUAUUGCUUUGCCCUUAAAAGAGCAAUGAUAUGUCUUUUCGAGAAAUUUAUAUCGUUUAGAUAUAUAAUUUAUGUCGUUUUAGUAUUUAUUAUAUAAUCUAGUACUAUUUUUAAUAUGAAUUUAUACUGUUUUAUAUAUUAUUAAAUAAUAAUUAAUUUCAUAAUUACUGACACACAUAUUUUUAAAAGAUCUUUUUUUUUUACCAUAGUAUAAGAACUUGGAAUGAUAUUUUUUUUUUUAUUAAACUUUAUGACAAGGUAUUAGAUAUAUUUUCGACUAAUCAUAGAUUAUAUAUAGAUAGAGCGUCUCCAUACAAACUUAUUUUGAGAGAAGCGGCUCAACUUUUCCAUACAAUUUUGCUUAUGAGUGACUCCUUUAUAAUGUCUAUAUUUAUUUUGUCCGUCCCGGCGUCGCACGGGUGGACAUUUUUAACAUUUCCCUUCACUGCUCUGCUCCUAUUGAUCGUAGCGUGAUGAAAAGUAUACUAUAACCUGCCCAGGAGUAUGAAGAAUAAUUGUACCAAGUUUCGUUAAAAUCCGUCUAGUAGUUUUUGUUUCUAUAACGAACAUACAGACAGAUAGACAAAAAUUUUACUGAUUGCAUUUUUGGCAUCAGUAUCGAUCACUAAUCACCCUCUGAUAGUUAUUUUGGAAAUAUAUUUCAUGUACAGAAUUGACCUCUCUACAGAUUUAUUAUAAGUAUAGAUUAUAAUUUUUGCAUCCUUUUAAUGCGUAAACACUCAUUUUAUUUAUUAAAUAAUCAAAUAUAGAUACGUCAAAAUACAUUGUGUGCGUAAAUAUAUAUAUAAAACGAGUCAGCUAAUUUGACAAUUGGCUGACAAAAAGUUGAUCCGUUUUUGUGUCUCGAUGCUCUGUCUAUAUAGUCUAAGCGACUUUUAUAUUAUACAUAUUACAGAUUUGAAGAGAAUGACAAAUAUGUAAUAGAACAAACUGACGGUACUGACGAAUAUUACAUAUAUAGAUCCGUCAGUAUUCUACCACUAUGACGAUGUAAUAGAAAUCAUGAGUCAUUAAAAUUUCAUAGAUUCACUUGAAUUUUUCUAGUAGUAGCUUUUGAAUUGUGCAUCGCGAAAAGAAAUACAAGAAUAUUAAUUGGUGACAAUGUACGUUAAUUGUAAUAACGGUAGGUAUAAUUUCGUUUGAAGACACGUGAUUUUUGAUAUGUAUGUAUGUAGUUUAUUGCAAAAGAACUUAGUGAGAAAAGUGAGCAAGUUUCAUUGAAAUUUUACAUAGAAACAUCUCUUUAAAUGAAAUUAGUAACGAAUCGAAAUAAUAAUUCAAUUAAACGAUUUUUUAUUUGCAUUACUAUUUCUUUUUUUUUUAAUAAUAAAGUACUUUAUUUUCUCCGCAAUACCAGUAGUGAAUCUAUUAUAUCUAAUGUAAGUUAUUACAAGAGAUUUAUUUUCGAAGAUUACAUAAGUAACUAUUGGAUAUUUAUUUAUUUAAACUUUAUUGGACAAUAAAAUAUGGUACCAAAUGUAGACUUAAUGCUAUAGGCAUUCUCUACCAGUCAACCUUUAGGAAGUGGAGAAAUACGUAGAGAUAGUGCUUAAACAAAAAAAUUAUAUUUUAAUAUAAUAUAGCAAAUAACAUUCAUAAAAUAAACAUACAUAUUAAUAUAGUAUGUGGAAAAAGCAGCCAGCUUUCCAGCAUACUGAUACCUAAAUAUAAAACUGCAUUGUAAACUAUAUAUAUAUAU